AUGGACGGAUCAAGGCCAGAAGCCGGGAGACGGCGGCAGCAGCAGGAAGAGACCCUUCUGUCGCCGCUUCUGUCGCCGCGUUUGUCGCCGAUUAGACAGCUAGCGGGCGACGGCGUCGCACGGCCGCUUCAGCGAUUCCCUCAGGUGCUUUCCCUUCGAAGCGCGAUCGCGGAGAGCGCAAAGGAGGAGGAGGAGGACCAUCCAUGGCUGGAGAAGAGUUUCCGUGGCGCCGCGAAUGGCGCCGCGAAAGGCGCAUCUGGUGACACGUCAGCAGCGGCGGAAGAGGCGGAUCCGACGGAGCUGAGCAGCGUGCCCGACGAUUGCCUGAUCCUGAUUUUCCGGAAGCUGUCCUCGGCUGAUCUGAACCGUUGCUCCCUCGUGUGCCCACGCUGGGGAGGAGUGAGAAACGGGGAGGAGUGGGUGGAGGAGAGGGGAGGGGGCACUGGGAAGGGGGAAAAGGGAGGACGAAGGGCAACAACAAUACCAUCACGUUCCGUUGUUCCGUUGUGCCCCUUUCUCCUUUUCCUUAUUCCCCUCCCUCGUCGUCUUUCCCCCUUUCAACCCUCUUCAUCCCUUUUCCACCCCUCUCCUUCCCCCCUCCACCUCCCUCCAUCCCUCUCCACCCCUCUCCACCCCACCCCACGCCUCUCCAUCCUCCACCACCCCUCCCCCUACAGUCUCGACGCGUCCUCUCGUACGCGCAUGGCUCUGCGCGCCUCCUUCCACCUCUCCCCCCUCCUCCCCGCGCUCCUCCUCCGCUUCUCCGCCCUCCAGCGCCUCACCCUCCGCUGCGACCACCCCCCACCCGCCCUCCUCGCGCCCGCGGGGGAAGUUGGAAGCAGCAGCGCGAGGGGGGGCGGCGGCGGAAGAGAGGGCGCGGGCGGGGCAGGCGGGGGGGGGGACUACCAGUAUUAUCACUAUCAGCAGGCGCAUCAGAUGGGGGGAGGCGGAGGCGGAGGCGGAGGGGGGGGGUAUGCGGGCGGGUAUGUGUGUGGGGGGAUGGGGAGGAAACCCAACCCGGCGAGGAGCAUAGGGGAUACGAGUCUACAGCUCAUAGCUCGCUCUCUGCCCCACCUCAAGAAGUUGGAUUUGCGCAACUGCCUCGAGGUGACAGACGCGGGCAUGGAGGCAAUUGCGCGCUCGUGCACGGGGCUGCACAAGUUUGUGGCGGACAAUUACCGGUUCGGCGGCAAGGGCAUUGCGGCGCUGCUGCUGCACUGCACUGAGCUGAACGACCUGACUCUUGUGCACAGUGCCAUUGAGGAGCGUGGGAGAAAUGUCUGUGCAGGCGCAUCAAACACAGUUUCUCUCCCCUGCCAGUGCGAGUCAGCCUCUCCCCCAUGCCCGCACCCUUUUCCCUGCUUCCCUCCCUCUGUUCUUCUCUCCCUUUUCCCUGCUUCCCUCCCUCUGUUCUUCCCUCCCUUUUCCCUGCUUCCCUCCCUCUGUUCUGCUCUCCCUUUUCCCUGCUUACCUCCCUCUGUUCUUCUCUCCCUUUUCCCUGCUUCCCUCCCUCUGUUCUUCUCUCCCUUUUCCCUGCUUCCCUCCCUCUGUUCUUCUCUCCCUUUUCCCUGCUUCCCUCCCUCUGUUCUUCUCUCCCUUUUCCCUGCUUCCCUCCCUCUGUUCUUCUCUCCCUUUUCCCUGCUUCCCUCCCUCUGUUCUUCUCUCCCUUUUCCCUGCUUCCCUCCCUCUGUUCUUCUCUCCCUUUUCCCUGCUUCCCUCCCUCUGUUCUUCUCUCCCUUUUCCCUGCUUCCCUCCCUCUGUUCUUCUCUCCCUUUCCCCUGCUUCCCUCCCUCUGUUCUUCUCUCCCUUUCCCUGCUUCCCUCCCUCUGUUCUUCUCUCCCUUUUCCCUGCUUCCCUCCCUCUGUUCUUCUCUCCCUUUUCCCUGCUUCCCUCCCUCUGUUCUUCUCUCCCUUUUCCCUGCUUCCCUCCCUCUGUUCUUCUCUCCCUUUUCCCUGCUUCCCUCCCUCUGUUCUUCUCUCCCUUUUCCCUGCUUCCCUCCCUCUGUUCUUCUCUCCCUUUUCCCUGCUUCCCUCCCUCUGUUCUUCUCUCCCUUUUCCCUGCUUCCCUCCCUCUGUUCUUCUCUCCCUUUUCCCUGCUUCCCUCCCUCUGUUCUUCUCUCCCUUUUCCCUGCUUCCCUCCCUCUGUUCUUCUCUCCCUUUUCCCUGCUUCCCUCCCUCUGUUCUUCUCUCCCUUUUCCCUGCUUCCCUCCCUCUGUUCUUCUCUCCCUUUUCCCCUGCUUCCCUCCCUCUGUUCUUCUCUCCCUUUUCCCUGCUUCCCUCCCUCUGUUCUUCUCUCCCUUUUCCCUGCUUCCCUCCCUCUGUUCUUCUCUCCCUUUUCCCUGCUUCCCUCCCUCUGUUCUUCUCUCCCUUUUCCCUGCUUCCCUCCCUCUGUUCUUCUCUCCCUUUUCCCUGCUUCCCUCCCUCUGUUCUUCUCUCCCUUUUCCCUGCUUCCCUCCCUCUGUUCUUCUCUCCCUUUUCCCUGCUUCCCUCCCUCUGUUCUUCUCUCCCUUUUCCCUGCUUCCCUCCCUCUGUUCUUCUCUCCCUUUUCCCUGCUUCCCUCCCUCUGUUCUUCUCUCCCUUUUCCCUGCUUCCCUCCCUCUGUUCUUCUCUCCCUUUUCCCUGCUUCCCUCCCUCUGUUCUUCUCUCCCUUUUCCCUGCUUCCCUCCCUCUGUUCUUCUCUCCCUUUUCCCUGCUUCCCUCCCUCUGUUCUUCUCUCCCUUUUCCCUGCUUCCCUCCCUCUGUUCUUCUCUCCCUUUUCCCUGCUUCCCUCCCUCUGUUCUUCUCUCCCUUUUCCCUGCUUCCCUCCCUCUGUUCUUCUCUCCCUUUUCCCUGCUUCCCUCCCUCUGUUCUUCUCUCCCUUUUCCCUGCUUCCCUCCCUCUGUUCUUCUCUCCCUUUUCCCUGCUUCCCUCCCUCUGUUCUUCUCUCCUUUUCCCUGCUUCCCUCCCUCUGUUCUUCUCUCCCUUUUCCCCUGCUUCCCUCCCUCUGUUCUUCUCUCCCUUUUCCCUGCUUCCCUCCCUCUGUUCUUCUCUCCCUUUUCCCUGCUUCCCUCCCUCUGUUCUUCUCUCCCUUUUCCCUGCUUCCCUCCCUCUGUUCUUCUCUCCCUUUUCCCUGCUUCCCUCCCUCUGUUCUUCUCUCCCUUUUCCCUGCUUCCCUCCCUCUGUUCUUCUCUCCCUUUCCCUGCUUCCCUCCCUCUGUUCUUCUCUCCCUUUUCCCUGCUUCCCUCCCUCUGUUCUUCUCUCCCUUUUCCCUGCUUCCCUCCCUCUGUUCUUCUCUCCCUUUUCCCUGCUUCCCUCCCUCUGUUCUUCUCUCCCUUUUCCCUGCUUCCCUCCCUCUGUUCUUCUCUCCCUUUUCCCUGCUUCCCUCCCUCUGUUCUUCUCUCCCUUUUCCCUGCUUCCCUCCCUCUGUUCUUCUCUCCCUUUUCCCUGCUUCCCUCCCUCUGUUCUUCUCUCCCUUUUCCCUGCUUCCCUCCCUCUGUUCUUCUCUCCCUUUUCCCUGCUUCCCUCCCUCUGUUCUUCUCUCCCUUUCCCUGCUUCCCUCCCUCUGUUCUUCUCUCCCUUUUCCCUGCUUCCCUCCCUCUGUUCUUCUCUCCCUUUCCCUGCUUCCCUCCCUCUGUUCUUCUCUCCCUUUUCCCUGCUUCCCUCCCUCUGUUCUUCUCUCCCUUUUCCCUGCUUCCCUCCCUCUGUUCUUCUCUCCCUUUUCCCUGCUUCCCUCCCUCUGUUCUUCUCUCCCUUUUCCCUGCUUCCCUCCCUCUGUUCUUCUCUCCCUUUUCCCUGCUUCCCUCCCUCUGUUCUUCUCUCCCUUUUCCCUGCUUCCCUCCCUCUGUUCUUCUCUCCCUUUUCCCUGCUUCCCUCCCUCUGUUCUUCUCUCCCUUUCCCUGCUUCCCUCCCUCUGUUCUUCUCUCCCUUUUCCCUGCUUCCCUCCCUCUGUUCUUCUCUCCCUUUUCCCUGCUUCCCUCCCUCUGUUCUUCUCUCCCUUUUCCCUGCUUCCCUCCCUCUGUUCUUCUCUCCCUUUUCCCUGCUUCCCUCCCUCUGUUCUUCUCUCCCUUUUCCCUGCUUCCCUCCCUCUGUUCUUCUCUCCCUUUUCCCUGCUUCCCUCCCUCUGUUCUUCUCUCCCUUUUCCCUGCUUCCCUCCCUCUGUUCUUCUCUCCCUUUUCCCUGCUUCCCUCCCUCUGUUCUUCUCUCCCUUUUCCCUGCUUCCCUCCCUCUGUUCUUCUCUCCCUUUUCCCUGCUUCCCUCCCUCUGUUCUUCUCUCCCUUUUCCCUGCUUCCCUCCCUCUGUUCUUCUCUCCCUUUUCCCUGCUUCCCUCCCUCUGUUCUUCUCUCCCUUUUCCCUGCUUCCCUCCCUCUGUUCUUCUCUCCCUUUUCCCUGCUUCCCUCCCUCUGUUCUUCUCUCCCUUUUCCCUGCUUCCCUCCCUCUGUUCUUCUCUCCCUUUUCCCUGCUUCCCUCCCUCUGUUCUUCUCUCCCUUUUCCUGCUUCCCUCCCUCUGUUCUUCUCUCCCUUUUCCCUGCUUCCCUCCCUCUGUUCUUCUCUCCCUUUUCCCUGCUUCCCUCCCUCUGUUCUUCUCUCCCUUUUCCCUGCUUCCCUCCCUCUGUUCUUCUCUCCCUUUUCCCUGCUUCCCUCCCUCUGUUCUUCUCUCCCUUUCCCUGCUUCCCUCCCUCUGUUCUUCUCUCCCUUUUCCCUGCUUCCCUCCCUCUGUUCUUCUCUCCCUUUCCCUGCUUCCCUCCCUCUGUUCUUCUCUCCCUUUUCCCUGCUUCCCUCCCUCUGUUCUUCUCUCCCUUUUCCCUGCUUCCCUCCCUCUGUUCUUCUCUCCCUUUUCCCUGCUUCCCUCCCUCUGUUCUUCUCUCCCUUUUCCCUGCUUCCCUCCCUCUGUUCUUCUCUCCCUUUUCCCUGCUUCCCUCCCUCUGUUCUUCUCUCCCUUUUCCCUGCUUCCCUCCCUCUGUUCUUCUCUCCCUUUUCCCUGCUUCCCUCCCUCUGUUCUUCUCUCCCUUUUCCCUGCUUCCCUCCCUCUGUUCUUCUCUCCCUUUUCCCUGCUUCCCUCCCUCUGUUCUUCUCUCCCUUUCCCUGCUUCCCUCCCUCUGUUCUUCUCUCCCUUUUCCCUGCUUCCCUCCCUCUGUUCUUCUCUCCCUUUUCCCUGCUUCCCUCCCUCUGUUCUUCUCUCCCUUUUCCCUGCUUCCCUCCCUCUGUUCUUCUCUCCCUUUUCCCUGCUUCCCUCCCUCUGUUCUUCUCUCCCUUUUCCCUGCUUCCCUCCCUCUGUUCUUCUCUCCCUUUUCCCUGCUUCCCUCCCUCUGUUCUUCUCUCCCUUUUCCCUGCUUCCCUCCCUCUGUUCUUCUCUCCCUUUCCCUGCUUCCCUCCCUCUGUUCUUCUCUCCCUUUUCCCUGCUUCCCUCCCUCUGUUCUUCUCUCCCUUUUCCCUGCUUCCCUCCCUCUGUUCUUCUCUCCCUUUUCCCUGCUUCCCUCCCUCUGUUCUUCUCUCCCUUUUCCCUGCUUCCCUCCCUCUGUUCUUCUCUCCCUUUUCCCUGCUUCCCUCCCUCUGUUCUUCUCUCCCUUUUCCCUGCUUCCCUCCCUCUGUUCUUCUCUCCCUUUCCCCUGCUUCCCUCCCUCUGUUCUUCUCUCCCUUUUCCCUGCUUCCCUCCCUCUGUUCUUCUCUCCCUUUUCCCUGCUUCCCUCCCUCUGUUCUUCUCUCCCUUUUCCCUGCUUCCCUCCCUCUGUUCUUCUCUCCCUUUUCCCUGCUUCCCUCCCUCUGUUCUUCUCUCCCUUUCCCUGCUUCCCUCCCUCUGUUCUUCUCUCCCUUUCCCUGCUUCCCUCCCUCUGUUCUUCUCUCCCUUUUCCCUGCUUCCCUCCCUCUGUUCUUCUCUCCCUUUUCCCUGCUUCCCUCCCUCUGUUCUUCUCUCCCUUUUCCCUGCUUCCCUCCCUCUGUUCUUCUCUCCCUUUUCCCUGCUUCCCUCCCUCUGUUCUUCUCUCCCUUUUCCCUGCUUCCCUCCCUCUGUUCUUCUCUCCCUUUUCCCUGCUUCCCUCCCUCUGUUCUUCUCUCCCUUUUCCCUGCUUCCCUCCCUCUGUUCUUCUCUCCCUUUUCCCUGCUUCCCUCCCUCUGUUCUUCUCUCCCUUUUCCCUGCUUCCCUCCCUCUGUUCUUCUCUCCCUUUUCCCUGCUUCCCUCCCUCUGUUCUUCUCUCCCUUUUCCCUGCUUCCCUCCCUCUGUUCUUCUCUCCCUUUUCCCUGCUUCCCUCCCUCUGUUCUUCUCUCCCUUUCCCUGCUUCCCUCCCUCUGUUCUUCUCUCCCUUUUCCCUGCUUCCCUCCCUCUGUUCUUCUCUCCCUUUUCCCUGCUUCCCUCCCUCUGUUCUUCUCUCCCUUUUCCCUGCUUCCCUCCCUCUGUUCUUCUCUCCCUUUUCCCUGCUUCCCUCCCUCUGUUCUUCUCUCCCUUUUCCCUGCUUCCCUCCCUCUGUUCUUCUCUCCCUUUUCCCUGCUUCCCUUCCCCUGUCUCCUCUCCCUUCCUGCUUCCUCCCUCUUCUCUCCCUUUUCCCUGCUUCCCUCCCUCUGUUCUUCUCUCCCUUUUCCCUGCUUCCCUCCCUCUGUUCUUCUCUCCCUUUUCCCUGCUUCCCUCCCUCUGUUCUUCUCUCCCUUUUCCCUGCUUCCCUCCCUCUGUUCUUCUCUCCCUUUUCCCUGCUUCCCUCCCUCUGUUCUUCUCUCCCUUUUCCCUGCUUCCCUCCCUCUGUUCUUCUCUCCCUUUUCCCUGCUUCCCUCCCUCUGUUCUUCUCUCCCUUUUCCCUGCUUCCCUCCCUCUGUUCUUCUCUCCCUUUUCCCUGCUUCCCUCCCUCUGUUCUUCUCUCCCUUUUCCCUGCUUCCCUCCCUCUGUUCUUCUCUCCCUUUUCCCUGCUUCCCUCCCUCUGUUCUUCUCUCCCUUUUCCCUGCUUCCCUCCCUCUGUUCUUCUCUCCCUUUUCCCUGCUUCCCUCCCUCUGUUCUUCUCUCCCUUUUCCCUGCUUCCCUCCCUCUGUUCUUCUCUCCUUUUCCCUGCUUCCCUCCCUCUGUUCUUCUCCUCCCCCUUCUUCUCUCCCUUUUCCCUGCUUCCCUCCCUCUGUUCUUCUCUCCCUUUUCCCUGCUUCCCUCCCUCUGUUCUUCUCUCCCUUUUCCCUGCUUCCCUCCCUCUGUUCUUCUCUCCCUUUUCCCUGCUUCCCUCCCUCUGUUCUUCUCUCCCUUUUCCCUGCUUCCCUCCCUCUGUUCUUCUCUCCCUUUUCCCUGCUUCCCUCCCUCUGUUCUUCUCUCCCUUUUCCCUGCUUCCCUCCCUCUGUUCUUCUCUCCCUUUUCCCUGCUUCCCUCCCUCUGUUCUUCUCUCCCUUUUCCCUGCUUCCCUCCCUCUGUUCUUCUCUCCCUUUUCCCUGCUUCCCUCCCUCUGUUCUUCUCUCCCUUUUCCCUGCUUCCCUCCCUCUGUUCUUCUCUCCCUUUUCCCUGCUUCCCUCCCUCUGUUCUUCUCUCCCUUUUCCCUGCUUCCCUCCCUCUGUUCUUCUCUCCCUUUUCCCUGCUUCCCUCCCUCUGUUCUUCUCUCCCUUUCCCUGCUUCCCUCCCUCUGUUCUUCUCUCCCUUUUCCCUGCUUCCCUCCCUCUGUUCUUCUCUCCCUUUUCCCUGCUUCCCUCCCUCUGUUCUUCUCUCCCUUUUCCCUGCUUCCCUCCCUCUGUUCUUCUCUCCCUUUUCCCUGCUUCCCUCCCUCUGUUCUUCUCUCCCUUUUCCCUGCUUCCCUCCCUCUGUUCUUCUCUCCCUUUUCCCUGCUUCCCUCCCUCUGUUCUUCUCUCCCCCUUUCCCCUGCUUCCCUCCCUCUGUUCUUCUCUCCCUUUUCCCUGCUUCCCUCCCUCUGUUCUUCUCUCCCUUUUCCCUGCUUCCCUCCCUCUGUUCUUCUCUCCCUUUUCCCUGCUUCCCUCCCUCUGUUCUUCUCUCCCUUUUCCCUGCUUCCCUCCCUCUGUUCUUCUCUCCCUUUUCCCUGCUUCCCUCCCUCUGUUCUUCUCUCCCUUUUCCCUGCUUCCCUCCCUCUGUUCUUCUCUCCCUUUUCCCUGCUUCCCUCCCUCUGUUCUUCUCUCCCUUUUCCCUGCUUCCCUCCCUCUGUUCUUCUCUCCCUUUUCCCUGCUUCCCUCCCUCUGUUCUUCUCUCCCUUUUCCUGCUUCCCUCCCUCUGUUCUUCUCUCCCUUUUCCCUGCUUCCCUCCCUCUGUUCUUCUCUCCCUUUUCCCUGCUUCCCUCCCUCUGUUCUUCUCUCCCUUUUCCCUGCUUCCCUCCCUCUGUUCUUCUCUCCCUUUUCCCUGCUUCCCUCCCUCUGUUCUUCUCUCCCUUUUCCCUGCUUCCCUCCCUCUGUUCUUCUCUCCCUUUUCCCUGCUUCCCUCCCUCUGUUCUUCUCUCCCUUUUCCCUGCUUCCCUCCCUCUGUUCUUCUCUCCCUUUUCCCUGCUUCCCUCCCUCUGUUCUUCUCUCCCUUUUCCCUGCUUCCCUCCCUCUGUUCUUCUCUCCCUUUUCCCUGCUUCCCUCCCUCUGUUCUUCUCUCCCUUUUCCCUGCUUCCCUCCCUCUGUUCUUCUCUCCCUUUUCCCUGCUUCCCUCCCUCUGUUCUUCUCCUCCCUUUUCCCUGCUUCCCUCCCUCUGUUCUUCUCUCCCUUUUCCCUGCUUCCCUCCCUCUGUUUUCUCUCCCUUUUCCCUGCUUCCCUCCCUGUCUUCUCUCCUUUCCCUGCUUCCCUCCCUCUGUUCUUCUCUCCCUUUUCCCUGCUUCCCUCCCUCUGUUCUUCUCUCCCUUUUCCCUGCUUCCCUCCCUCUGUUCUUCUCUCCCUUUUCCCUGCUUCCCUCCCUCUGUUCUUCUCUCCCUUUUCCCUGCUUCCCUCCCUCUGUUCUUCUCUCCCUUUUCCCUGCUUCCCUCCCUCUGUUCUUCUCUCCCUUUUUCCCUGCUUCCUCCCUCUGUUCUUCUCUCCCUUUUCCCUGCUUCCCUCCCUCUGUUCUUCUCUCCCUUUUCCCUGCUUCCCUCCCUCUGUUCUUCUCUCCCUUUUCCCUGCUUCCCUCCCUCUGUUCUUCUCUCCCUUUUCCCUGCUUCCCUCCCUCUGUUCUUCUCUCCCUUUUCCCUGCUUCCCUCCCUCUGUUCUUCUCUCCCUUUUCCCUGCUUCCCUCCCUCUGUUCUUCUCUCCCUUUUCCCUGCUUCCCUCCCUCUGUUCUUCUCUCCCUUUUCCCUGCUUCCCUCCCUCUGUUCUUCUCUCCCUUUUCCCUGCUUCCCUCCCUCUGUUCUUCUCUCCCUUUUCCCUGCUUCCCUCCCUCUGUUCUUCUCUCCCUUUUCCCUGCUUCCCUCCCUCUGUUCUUCUCUCCCCUUUUCCCUGCUUCCCUCCCUCUGUUCUUCUCUCCCUUUCCCUGCUUCCCUCCCUCUGUUCUUCUCUCCCUUUUCCCUGCUUCCCUCCCUCUGUUCUUCUCUCCCUUUUCCCUGCUUCCCUCCCUCUGUUCUUCUCUCCCUUUUCCCUGCUUCCCUCCCUCUGUUCUUCUCUCCCUUUUCCCUGCUUCCCUCCCUCUGUUCUUCUCUCCCUUUUCCCUGCUUCCCUCCCUCUGUUCUUCUCUCCCUUUUCCCUGCUUCCCUCCCUCUGUUCUUCUCUCCCUUUUCCCUGCUUCCCUCCCUCUGUUCUUCUCUCCCUUUUCCCUGCUUCCCUCCCUCUGUUCUUCUCUCCCUUUUCCCUGCUUCCCUCCCUCUGUUCUUCUCUCCCUUUUCCCUGCUUCCCUCCCUCUGUUCUUCUCUCCUUCCUUCCUCCUGUUUCUCUCCCUUUCCCUGCUUCCCUCCCUCUGUUCUUCUCUCCCUUUUCCCUGCUUCCCUCCCUCUGUUCUUCUCUCCCUUUUCCCUGCUUCCCUCCCUCUGUUCUUCUCUCCCUUUUCCCUGCUUCCCUCCCUCUGUUCUUCUCUCCCUUCUUCCCUCCCUCUGUCUUCUCUCCCUUCAUCCCUCUGUUCUUCUCUCCCUUUCCCUGCUUCCCUCCCUCUGUUCUUCUCUCCCUUUUCCCUGCUUCCCUCCCUCUGUUCUUCUCUCCCUUUUCCUGCUUCCCUCCCUCUGUUCUUCUCUCCCUUUUCCCUGCUUCCCUCCCUCUGUUCUUCUCUCCCUUUUCCCUGCUUCCCUCCCUCUGUUCUUCUCUCCCUUUCCCUGCUUCCCUCCCUCUGUUCUUCUCUCCCUUUCCCUGCUUCCCUCCCUCUGUUCUUCUCUCCCUUUUCCCUGCUUCCCUCCCUCUGUUCUUCUCUCCCUUUUCCCUGCUUCCCUCCCUCUGUUCUUCUCUCCCUUUUCCCUGCUUCCCUCCCUCUGUUCUUCUCUCCCUUUUCCCUGCUUCCCUCCCUCUGUUCUUCUCUCCCUUUUCCCUGCUUCCCUCCCUCUGUUCUUCUCUCCCUUUUCCCUGCUUCCCUCCCUCUGUUCUUCUCUCCCUUUUCCCUGCUUCCCUCCCUCUGUUCUUCUCUCCCUUUUCCCUGCUUCCCUCCCUCUGUUCUUCUCUCCCUUUUCCCUGCUUCCCUCCCUCUGUUCUUCUCUCCCUUUUCCCUGCUUCCCUCCCUCUGUUCUUCUCUCCCUUUUCCCUGCUUCCCUCCCUCUGUUCUUCUCUCCCUUUUCCCUGCUUCCCUCCCUCUGUUCUUCUCUCCCUUUUCCCUGCUUCCCUCCCUCUGUUCUUCUCUCCCUUUUCCCUGCUUCCCUCCCUCUGUUCUUCUCUCCCUUUUCCCUGCUUCCCUCCCUCUGUUCUUCUCUCCCUUUUCCCUGCUUCCCUCCCUCUGUUCUUCUCUCCCUUUUCCCUGCUUCCCUCCCUCUGUUCUUCUCUCCCUUUUCCCUGCUUCCCUCCCUCUGUUCUUCUCUCCCUUUUCCCUGCUUCCCUCCCUCUGUUCUUCUCUCCCUUUUCCCUGCUUCCCUCCCUCUGUUCUUCUCUCCCUUUUCCCUGCUUCCCUCCCUCUGUUCUUCUCUCCCUUUUCCUGCUUCCCUCCCUCUGUUCUUCUCUCCCUUUCCCCUGCUUCCCUCCCUCUGUUCUUCUCUCCCUUUUCCCUGCUUCCCUCCCUCUGUUCUUCUCUCCCUUUUCCCUGCUUCCUCCCUCUGUUCUUCUCUCCCUUUUCCCUGCUUCCCUCCCUCUGUUCUUCUCUCCCUUUUCCCUGCUUCCCUCCCUCUGUUCUUCUCUCCCUUUUCCCUGCUUCCCUCCCUCUGUUCUUCUCUCCCUUUUCCCUGCUUCCCUCCCUCUGUUCUUCUCUCCCUUUUCCCUGCUUCCCUCCCUCUGUUCUUCUCUCCCUUUUCCCUGCUUCCCUCCCUCUGUUCUUCUCUCCCUUUUCCCUGCUUCCCUCCCUCUGUUUCUUCUCUCCCUUUUCCCUGCUUCCUCCCUCUGUUCUUCUCUCCCUUUCCCCUGCUUCCCUCCCUCUGUUCUUCUCUCCCUUUUCCCUGCUUCCCUCCCUCUGUUCUUCUCUCCCUUUCCCUGCUUCCCUCCCUCUGUUCUUCUCUCCCUUUUCCCUGCUUCCCUCCCUCUGUUCUUCUCUCCCUUUUCCCUGCUUCCUCCCUCUGUUCUUCUCUCCCUUUUCCCUGCUCCCCUCCUUCUGUUCUGCUCUCCAUAUUUCCCUGCUUCCCUCCCUUGUUCUUCUCUCCCUUUUCCCUGCUUCCCUCCCUCUGUUCUUCUCUUCCUUUUUCCCUGCUUCCCUCCCUCUGUUCUUCUCUCCCUUUUCCCCUGCUUCCCUCCUCUGUUCUUCUCUCCCUUUCCCUGCUUCCCUCCCUCUGUUCUUCUCUCCCUUUCCCUGCUUCCCUCCCUCUGUUCUUCUCUCCCUUUCCCUGCUUCCCUCCCUCUGUUCUUCUCUCCCUUUCCCUGCUUCCCUCCCUCUGUUCUUCUCUCCCUUUUCCCUGCUUCCCUCCCUCUGUAUCUUCUCUCCCUUUUCCCUGCUUCCCUCCCUCUGUUCUUCUCUCCCUUUUCCCUGCUUCCCUCCCCUCUGUUCUUCUCUCCCUUUUCCCUGCUUCCCUCCCUCUGUUCUUCUCUCCUUUUCCCUGCUUCCCUCCCUCUGUUCUCUCUCCCUUUUCCCUAG